CUCACUCACUCACUCUCACACUCACUCACAUACUCACUCUCUCUUCUCAGCAUCUCGCACAGACAUCCCAAAGAAGCUAUGAACAGCGGUAUCUGUUUGUGUGUCCUGCUGGCUGCCCUGUCCAGCACCUGCCUGGGACGUCCACAUUACGCUUCGCCCCAGAAUGAGAACAUGCCCAGCCCCUCCCCUCAGGAGGAUGCAGGCAUAGCUAAGCACAUACGCCAUGCCCGCUCCGUGUCCCUCAACGAACAGAAGGACUUCUCCCAGCCAGAGGUGGCUGUAGACUCUGCUGUCAGCCUCAAUGAGCUGCUGUCCAGGCUGAUGUCGAGAAAAGGAACCAUUCGCAGGAACUCGACGGUGAACAGCCGGGCUGCCAGCAACCACAGGAUAAAAGAUUACCAGGGCUGGAUGGACUUUGGGCGCCGCAGUGCUGAGGAAUACGAAUACACCUCCUAAAGGCACCAGCA